UUCCGACUCGUGUUCGCGUACGACGUGCCUCGAGGAGUAACUCAGAACACUUCAAUUUUCUUUUGUCUGCCAAAGAUUUCAAGAAUUGGCGAACGUUAAAAAGUUUUGGAAUGAUUGUAACUGAUUUAUCAUUGCUCUAAAAUUUAUGAACAAAAGGAAGAAGGAGGUGUCUUAUUAGCAAAGAAAAGUGCAUCGAUGCGUUUCUUAGUAGGAGGCUUGUUAUGCCAGAGAAGACCGGAGAUUCGUUUGAGCGGCGCGUGCAUGCGUUAUGGCGUUUGCAAAAAAAGCAAUAUGGUUGACCAAGCUGUUUUGGAUAAACUAGAGACCGGCUUCAGCAAAUUGUCUAGCUCAGAUAGCAAAUCAUUGCUGAAGAAGUAUUUGUCCAAGGAUGUCUUUGAUCAACUAAAAACGAAGAAAACCUCCUUCGAUUCUACUCUUCUAGAUUGUAUCCAAUCUGGUAUAGAGAAUUUGGAUUCUGGCGUUGGCAUUUACGCCCCUGAUGCUGAGGCUUACACACUUUUUGCUGACCUCUUCGACCCCAUUAUUGAAGAUUAUCAUGGUGGUUUCAAGAAGACUGACAAGCAUCCACCAAAAGAUUUUGGAGACGUUGAUUCUCUUGGCAACCUUGAUCCAGCUAAUGAAUUCAUCGUUUCCACUCGUGUAAGAUGCGGUCGCUCCUUAGAAGGUUAUCCGUUCAAUCCUUGCUUGACCGAGGCUCAGUACAAAGAGAUGGAAGAAAAAGUCUCCAGCACUCUGUCAGGUUUAGAGGGUGAACUGAAGGGGACUUUCUAUCCUUUAACCGGCAUGAGCAAAGAAACUCAACAAAAAUUGAUCGACGAUCACUUCCUGUUUAAAGAGGGUGAUCGCUUUUUGCAAGCUGCCAAUGCUUGCCGCUUCUGGCCCACUGGCCGUGGUAUUUACCACAACGAUGAUAAGACCUUCUUGGUCUGGUGCAACGAGGAAGAUCAUCUUCGUAUUAUUUCCAUGCAGAUGGGCGGUGACCUUGGACAGGUUUAUCGUCGUUUGGUACAUGCUGUAAAUGAAAUCGAGAAACGGCUUCCUUUCUCACACAAUGAUCGUCUCGGUUUCCUGACUUUCUGCCCGACUAACUUGGGCACUACAGUCCGUGCUUCUGUGCACAUCAAGCUGCCUAAAUUAGCCGCCAACAGGGCAAAACUUGAGGAAAUCGCAGGGAAAUUCAAUCUCCAGGUCCGUGGUACUCGCGGGGAGCACACCGAGGCUGAAGGGGGCAUCUAUGAUAUUUCUAAUAAACGGCGUCUUGGUCUGACCGAGUAUCAGGCUGUGAAGGAGAUGCACGAUGGAAUCGCCGAGUUGAUUAAACUCGAAAAGGAACUUUAAAUAACGCGCCAGAGACAAAGCAAUCACGCGAUCAUUUCCCUUUAUUCGUCCUUUAGACGUUCUUGAUACAUCGAGGAUCCUUUCUUUGAAAAAAAAGACAAGAGAUAAAGAUCUUCAAUUAUCACAUCAUUUUUGUAAAAACUUUGAAACAAGCGAUUGAGAAGUAUUCGAAAAAAAAAAAAAAAAAAUGUAAAGUAUUAUAAUUCGUUUCUAAAGAGUGAGAAAAAAUAAAAGAAUUGUGAAAUUCGUUCUGAAAAAUAAACAAAAAAAAAAAAAAAAACAAUUUCUAAAGAGAAACAAUGGGGCAUUUUUUGAAUUAGCCAUUUUGUUCACGUGAAAUAAAAAAUGAUAGACAAUUUUUUGUCUUCUAAUUUUAAAUAAAUCCUAAUCCUCGAUGUGCUAAGAUCUCUUCAACGCAGCUACAAGCGCGUACUUCUUAGAGUUCUAAAAAGGAGUCGAUGAAAGCUUGGUUCACGAUGAGAUAAUUCCUACAAAGGUUUAGUUCGUCUAGUCGAAACCAAAAAAAAAAAGAAAAAAAAGAAAAAAAAAAUUAAAAAGACAUAAAGCAUUCUGAAUUUUGAAAGAUAAUCUAGGAUUGUUGUCGUGAAUGAUAAGCUUUGCGCGUCUCCAAGGUAUCCAUCUUUUCUUUACACACGCGUUAUGAUUAUUAUUAUUAUUACUACUACUAUUACUAUUACUAUUAUUAUUAUUAUUAUUAUAUUAAUUAAUAUUAUUACUACUAUUAUUAAUAUUAUUACCAUUAUUAUUAUGUCUCUUACGUUGAAUCAAGUUCCUUUUUAUCAGUCCAUAUGAACAAAAUGAGAAAGAGAAGAGCAACUUGUAUUAUAUGUUACGUAUAAUACGCAUUAUUAUAUUUUCAAAAGUAUUUUACUUUUGUUUCAUCCUAUUUUUUUUUUAAAAACAUGUAAUCCAGCAUGUAGAAAAAAUACACGCAGUAUUCUUUCAUUUUCUCUUUCAUUUUUUUAUUCUUUUUAUCUGUAACCUUCUUUUGUUUUUGUUUUUGUUUUGUUUUUUUUUUUUUUUGCCGUAUUAUUUACCGGGAAUAUCCUUAUAUCUACACGUGUUAUUUCGUAUAAAAAUUCUUCAACAUUUGUAAUAACGAAAAAAGGCAAAGAUGAAUUAAUCAUUAUUUAUAAAAAUUUGCAUUGAUCGAACGGAUCGCGAUGCUUUCCGUUUAAUCCACGUUGAGGAUGUUUUGAAUUUUGUACGAUUGCCUCGCAGAAAGAAGUCGUUUUCAAUUCUAUCUUAAUUUUUUUACAGUCAUGAACAGAUGUUUUUGUUCAUGUCAAAAUAAGUCAAAGUAUCAUUUAAUAAUAAUAUAGAAAACGAGUUUAUAUGAAUCAAAAAGGCAAAAAUCAUUUUUCAAAGAAUAUUUCUAUCAGUGUUUAAUUAUAUUAUUCAAUAUUUGAAUUGUUAUCAUCUUGAUAUUCUUCAAAACUUUCAUGGAAAGGUUGAUUUAAUUGACUAUAUUAUCUUUUGGAAAUGAGGUUAUAUUCUGAAGGAAUUCUUGCUAAGUAAAAUAAUAUAUAAAUUUUAUUAUGUUUCUAAAUAAAUAUUAUGAAAUUUAGUGAUAAUAAUUUUUAAAUAUUCAAAACUAUAACAAAGAAUUUUUUCAGUCUUUCAUUUUGAAAUCUAAAUCUAGUUUACAAAUCCGGUCUUUGAUGUGUUAAAAAAAGAAUGCAACAAGUGCAAUGUCUGCAACAUCCCGGCAGCAGUAUUCUAACGUAUGUAGGAAAGGAUGUUACACGCAUGUUGUUUUUCCAUUCUCGUUUUUUACCAAAACCAAGAACAUCUGCGACGAAUAUAGCAUACUAAAUGCUGCAGCUGAGGCAGUAACAGUUUCACUAUCAGAUGUAUGAAAAUGUGAGUUUAAAAACACGAAUAAAAAGACAUACAUAAUAA